AUGGAGUACCAAUACACCUCGUCUCGAAGCUCGGGAAGCUCCCGCCACUCUUCGACCUCCCCAGCUUCUUCGCGUGAUGCCUACUACCAAGAGUUCCGCUCCUCGACCGGAAAAGACUACAAGAAGACCGUCGUCUCUCGUGGCGGCGUCACUGUUCACCAAGAGAACGCCAGAGGCUACAACUCGGCUGAACCUCACCCACCAUACCGAUCUUAUGGAAGCAGCAGCAGCAGCAGGCACUAG